CUUGAUAAACACUGAUUCAUCUUCGCAUUGAAUAGCACUGAUUUCUCCUUUGUAUUCAUGUUGAUAGCUAUAGCAUGACAAUACAUAAAACUGUAGCUGCAUAUCAGGAUUUGUAACAGUAGCUGCAAUCCUUUACUUAAAUUACUGAUCUUUAGGCGCACUUAGCUUGUAUAUAUGAUUAAAAGUAGUUGAAUAUCAUGAUUAUAACAGUAGCUAUCAGAAUAAUAACAGUAGCUGCAAUCAUUUACUAUGAUUGCUGAACAUUAGGAUUCGCAGGUUGUAUAUAUGAUGAACUGUAUCAAUGAGAUAUACACAUCAAACACUUGCCUCAAUUCUUCUUCCAGGCUAACCAAAGCUUCACAGCAAUGGAGCUUUCAUCUUUUUCUCCCGUAGUAUUAUUAUCAGCACUCUUGGUUUCUCUAUUGCAGACACCUACCCUUUCCAUAGAAAAACCAUAUAUUGUGUAUUUGGGAGCACAUUCUCAUGGUUCAAACCCAUCAUUCACUGAUCUCGACUUCAUCAGAAAUUCUCACUGUGAUUUUUUGGGGUCAUUCUUGAGAAGCAAUAAAAGUGCCAAAGAUGCAAUUUUCUACUCCUACACCAGACACAUUAAUGGUUUUGCUGCAAUUCUUGAAGAGGAAGAAGCUGCUCAGAUUGCUGAAGAUCCAAAUGUGAUAUCAGUUUUCCUAAACAAGGGAAGAAAGGUGCAAACUACCCGGUCAUGGAACUUUCUUGGAUUAGAGACAAAUGGACUAAUUCCUUCCGACUCCAUUUGGAAGAAAGCAAGAUUUGGUGAAGAUACAAUAAUUGCAAACAUCGAUACUGGUGUUUGGCCAGAAUCAAAAAGCUUCAGUGAUGAAGGAUUGGGACCUAUCCCUUCCAAGUGGCGUGGAAUUUGUCAAAAAGACACAAUGCAAGUUCAUUGCAACAGAAAGCUGAUUGGAACUAGGUACUUUAAUAAUGGUAUUGCCAUGUAUGCCGGUCCUCUCAACUCGUCCUAUUACACUGUUCGGGACUACGAUGGUCAUGGAUCACAUACCCUAUCCACGGCUGCGGGUGGCUUUGUUCCAGGAGUCAGUGUUUUUGGCAAUGGCAAUGGAACCACCAAGGGUGGCUCUCCUCAAUCCCGUGUUGCUGCAUAUAAGGUAUGCUGGCCACCAGUUGAAGGUAAUGGAUGCUUCGAGGCAGACAUCUUAGCUGCCUUUGAUGCUGCCAUAAGUGAUGGUGUCGAUGUAAUCUCUGUGUCUCUUGGUGGAGGAACAGAGGAGUUCUUCAACGAUGGAAUUGCAAUAGGGUCGUUCCAUGCAAUUAAAAAAGGCAUUGUUGUGGUUACUGCAGCUGGAAACGCUGGACCGGAUCCAGGUACAGUGUUACACUUGUCGCCAUGGUUAUUAACAGUCGGUGCAAGCACAAUUGAUCGAGAGUUCACAAGCUAUGUUACUCUCGGAAACAAAAAGCAAUUGAAGGGAGCAAGCCUUUCAUCUAAAGGAUUACCAUCACACAUGUUUUACCCGUUGAUCAGUGCUGCAGAUGCGAGAGACGCUGAUGCAUCCACUAGAGAAGCAGAACUUUGCAAUGAUGGAGCCCUUGAUCCUAGGAAAGUACAAGGAAAGAUUUUGGUUUGCCUUCAAGAGUACGAUGAACAUGAAAGAACUGCAAAGAGCCAGCAGGCUUAUGUUGCAGGUGCUGUAGGAAUGAUCUUGGUUAAUGAUGAGAAAAGUGGAAACGAUGUUGUGGCUGAUCCUCAUGUGCUCCCUGUUUCACAUCUCAACUACACUGACGGCAAACAUGUCUUGGAUUACAUUAAAUAUACCAAAACUCCUGUGGCUUACCUCACUCCAGUAAAGACUGAAUUGGGAACAAAGCCAGCUCCUCUUGUAGCUCCGUUUUCAUCAAGGGGACCUAAUCUUUUGGAGCAGGCAAUCUUAAAGCCUGAUAUCAUUGCACCUGGGGUGAGCAUAAUUGCUGCUUAUACUGAAGCAACAGGGCCAACUUAUCAGUUAUCUGAUACUCGCCGGGUUCCUUUUAAUGUUCAAUCCGGCACUUCAAUGGCGUGCCCUCAUGUAUCAGGAGUAGUAGGGCUUCUGAGGACACUCCAUCCGGAUUGGAGUCCAGCAGCUAUUAAAUCUGCCAUCAUGACAACUGCUACAACACACGAUAACAGCAAUGAAAUGAUGUUUGACUCGUCUUAUCUCAAGGCAACACCAUUUGAUUAUGGUGCGGGACACAUUCAACCGAACAACGCAACGGACCCGGGACUAAUCUAUAACCUAACAACAAUUGAUUACUUGAAUUUCUUAUGUGCUCGGGGAUACAACGCAACGAUGAUCAAAUUGUUCUCUGGUUCACCUUUCAGAUGUCCCAAGUCUUUCAGACUAGGAGACUUCAACUACCCAGCAAUUACAGUUCCUAAUCUCGGUGAACAGUUAGUGACUGUUGCUAGAAGAGAGGUCACAAAUGUAGGAUUACCAGGCACAUACGAAGUGUGGGCCAAGGCACCACCAGGAGUAGAGGUUUCGAUUACACCUAAAAGCAUGAAAUUUGAGAGUGUCGGUGAAGUGAAAAAGUUCGAAGUUAUAUUCAAGCCCAAGGUUCAGGGUGAGCCUCGAGGGUAUGCAUUUGGAGAGUUGCUGUGGUCAGAUGGUAAGCACAAUGUAAAGAGUCCUCUUGCAGUGAAGCACUACUAGAAACUAAAAUGUGGCUGUCUUUGAAUUCAGCCCUGCAUUUACUGUCAAUUCAAUUUAUACUUGAAUAUGACUAUUUUUGACACUACUGUACGUAUAAUGAAUAUAACUGUAGCUAGGCUGAAAGAUUGAAUGUUCACAUUUAACAAUUCUAGUGCAUGCG